UCAAUGGAAAGCUGCAGACCCAUGAGAGUUUGCAGUAUCAUCGUGAUGCUGCCACUCGAGCUCAAGCCUUUAUUUUGACAUACCACAAUCCUGAGCAAAGGAUUCAACACCAUGUAUCACAGCAGGCAAGAGAGAAUUAUGAAGAGAUUUUCAAGUCUUGUCUGUCAUCGUAAAAGCCAUUUUGUAUUGCGGGAGGCAAAACAUCGCUCUGCAGGGUCACCGUGAUGACUGGACAUCUACCUCUUCAAAUAAGGGUAACUUUAUGGAGCUACAGUACUGAAACUCCUUGGAGAGUUUGAUGAGGGCCUUUGCAUACAUCUAGAGAGUGGAAGGAAAAAUGCAAUGUACACUUCAAAAACAGUCCAGAAUCAAGUCAUUGCAAUCAUUGCUGAUAUGAUACGUGAAGAGGUCACAACACUUAUCAAGGGAGAUAAUGCUUUCUUCUCUAUAAUUGCUGAUGAAGUUACGGAAACGCAUUCUAACAGGGAGAUCAUGUCUCUGUGCCUACGGUUUGUAGCACGGAACAACGACCAGCCUGUAAUCAAAGAGGUGUUCUUUGAUUUAUGCUAUCUGACAAGAACAACAGGAUUCACUAUUGCUGCUGCUAUAAAAGAAAGUCUCAAGACUCAUGGUGUCGACAUCCAGAAAGCCAGAGGGCAAGCAUAUGAUGGUGCAGCAGCUAUGUCAUCGGACAAGGCUGGUGUUGCAGCUCGAAUUUGUGAUGUGGCACUGAUGGCAGUCUAUACUCACUGCAACAGCCACAUUUUGAACCUGAGUAUUGCAGCAAGUUGCAAACUUCCGGAGAUUAGAAACAUGAUAGACACUAUCAACUCUUUGUUUCUCUUAUUCAACUCAUCGCCCAAAAGGCAGACAUUCAUGGAAUUGGUGCUGGAUGUUGAGAGCACCCAGACGAGGAAACGACAUAUAAAAGGACUUUGCAAGACUCGCUGGGUUGAGAGACACACCUGUUUUGAAACAUUCCAAGAAAUCUAUGAGUAUGUUUGUAUCUCUCUGGAGGCUAUCUCUUGGCCUCAUCUUCAUCCUGAACUAGAGUUGGUAACACCCUCAGAUUUAACGAGUGAAAAGUGGAACUGGCAAAGGGAUAGAGAGACCACAGUCAAGGCACAGGGAUUGCUUGCUUCGCUGCAGAAGCCAAGAGUUUAUAAUGGCCUUCGUUGUUGUGAAGAACUGUCUCCAAUUGUUAAGAGGAAUGACAACCAAAUUGCAAAAGAGGGAUAUCGACAUUGUCUCAGCAUAUAA